AUGUGGAUACUGUCCUCUGACGGAGAUUUCUUACAAGGAAAACGGAUAUGGCUGAAACCGGGUAAAAAAUACUUAUUUGGACGAGUUCAACAGGAUGGUAUCACACAUACAAUCGACAAUCGGACGAUAUCACGGAAGCACCUUAUAAUUGAAGUCGGAAAAGUGAAACCGGGAGACGGGUCACAUAUACAUACAAAGUCGAAACUGAUUAUCAGCGACCCAGGCUCUAGAUGGGGAACCACUCUCGAUGGAACACUUAUAACUGGAGAGAGCAAAGAACUCGGCAGCAGGGAUGAGUAUAAACUAUCUCUUGGGCGGUAUCCAUCCGUUCUCCGAGUAAAGUGGUGUCCCAUUGUCUUGAGUUUUUCGUUUCCAACAAAGCAGCUAAAGGCGAAAGAUCCGCUUGCGCAUGCUCGAUCGCAGCUGGAGGAACUAGAUAUUAAGACGGUUAUUCCAUACGUCUUUGGGAAGACGACCCAUGUCGUUCAAAGCAAACGGAACACUGCCAAGGGUCUCCAAGCUCUCAUUAACGGACGCUAUCUAGUACAAGACUCGUUUAUCGAGCGUAUAAGAUAUGCUGCAUCCCCGAAAGAUGUAGAACGUGAGGAAUCCCUUUCUCCACUGGAGGAGGAUUUUGAUAGUGCAUGGCCCGACCCUACUGAAGACCUCCCUCCCCGCGGUACUGAGCGUAUUGAACUACCUGAUAGCGCAUACGCACCAAAUCCCGAUCGAAUUAACGUCUUUGAGGGCUAUACCUUUGUAUUUUGUGACAAGAAGCGGUUUGAAGACUUGCAGGGCCCCAUAUCGAAUGGGCAUGGAAAAGCAUUGCUCUAUGAUGUCGAACCGGGAACGACAAAGGCUGAGGAUGUUGUGAAUUUCUUAAAUAAAGCUGCGGGUGUUAAGGGGCUCGCCUGCGAGCAAGAUGGUACCGGAGGUGUAAUGUUCAUGCAGUUCUCCAAAAAGGGCCAUGAAGAUUGGUCCCUUGCACUUGAGAAUAAAGUGGCCCAGUUGACAGGGCAACAAGCUGUGGAAGCCAGUGAUUUCUUAGACGCAAUUCUAAGGAAUAAUGCAUCACAGCUAUAUCGGAGAUGUGAGAAGCCGUCCGACCAACAAUCUACCCCUCCUGCCACGGUUCCAAAUACAGAUCCGGAUCAAAGUCAAGUGGUGUCAUCUGGUCCAAGCUCUAAUGUCCUUGUUGAGGAUAGCCAAAAGGACGCUCGAACGCUUAAACGAAAUAAGUCGAAGGCCUACGUCCCAAAGUUCAAGGAUUUUGAUGAUGGCUUCGAUAUGGAUUCAAUACCCGUUUACCAACUCGAAGAAGGGGAAGGAGAAAGAGAUGCACCGGAUGUUGUUCCAGACUCGUUACAUGAAAGGGCCCCUUCUAAUGUUACAUCUGAAGGGGAGGGGGAUGACACGGUAAUGGACUUAUUACCAGGAACUGCUGCCAUGAAGCAACGAGGAAUCAAAAGACCGCUGGAGACAAAACAGGCAGCACCUCCACCGCAAAGGGUUAAAAAGCCGAAGCUCGACCUGAAAGAAGCUGCCCGUCAGCGGCGUGAGGAAGUGGAUGAAGCUGCUACAGCUCGUCGACAAGAGGAUGCGAUUUCGUUCCAGGCAAUAGUUGAGGGUAUGGACCUUGUACAGAUUCAGAAACUCAUCUCUGUGGAGGAAAUGGAAGUCAAACCCAGGCAGUCGCAUCGCAACACUCCUACUGACGAGAGCCGAUGGGAUGAGAGGUGGAAUGGCCGCCAGAACUUCAAGAAAUUCCGAAGGAAAGGCAACCCUGAUGCGGUUCACCGUCGACGAGCAAUUAUUGUUCCACUGGAGGAAGCUAAGAAGAAAGACUUUGGAAUUGGAGACGAUUAUUGGGCGGCAAGCUCUACACCUCCUGAGCGCCAGAGGAGUCCGUCUUUAUCGAACAACGUAGAAUCAACCGCCACUUCUCAAGAGGUUCCCCAACCUGCAGCCCCCGUGGCACGCUCAAAGCCCCAGAAGAGGUCAAGGGACGAUGAGGAGAGUGACGAUGGCCUUCGGUUCCGAUUCAGAAGGAAACGCCAACGAUGA